AUGAUCGCCUUUAUCAAAAAAUGGCCACUAUUGGUAGGUGUUCUCUUUGCAUUCACUACUUUCAUCCUGACUAUUGUGGCUACAACAGGCUCAACAUCUAAUUACUGGCCCAUUAACAAUGUGUACUUGGGUGAAGCGGAUAUUUCGCGCAUCAAUGUUACCAAAGUAAUUCCAGAAAUGGCUCCCGUCUUGUCAGUUCUUGCCGGACUGGUGAAUAGCCCCCUUCAAAAUACGUCCGUCAAUGGCAUGCGCGACGUUUUCGAUGCGUUGAAAGUAGUCUCCGAGAGCUCGGCGUUGAAACCGCUUUUGCAGCUUUUGGCUACCAGUAGUAAUGUUUCACAGACCGUGAGUGCACUUGCACUUACAGCUCCUAUGAUUGCUCAACUGUCAAAUUCUAGCUCAGAAACUUCAGACCAGCUCGCGCUACUUGGAGCAUUGAUCCAAAACUCAUCCAAUGUCACAGAGACCCUUCAUGGAUUAGCAACAGUGGUACAAACGUCCAACGACACUGAACGUUCAGUAGCCCGUACCGUUCUCGGGGUUUUGAACCAGUCCAACAAUGCUACUUCCUCCAUAGAUUCGUUGGUUGUUUUGCAAAAUCAAUCUACAAGCGAAAAGGCUAUGCUAUCGUCGGUUCUUGAACUCUUACAGGAGUCCCAAAAUGUGACAGUUACCAUGGCUGCUUUAGACACUUUAAUGCUGACCAAUAUGACAUCGAACAUGGCUGCAACUUUGUUGGGUGCGUUGCAAUCAUCUAAUUCAGACCCUCAAACAAUUUUGAACCAAAUACUUGACUCAGUAUCCGAGCAAUCACGUCCUGCAAUUUCGGCAGUCGGUGCUCUGCUCAACGACUCUCGAGAUGCCACCCAAACUAGCUCUACUCUGGGUAUGUUGCUGCAAGGUAAUAUUAGUAGCUCGCCCAGUGCUCGUCACUCAUUGGCUGCUCUAUCCGUGUUGAUUAGGCAUUCCUCGAAUCAAACGAACGUUAUAUCUUCACUUGCUUCUCUUGCCAACUCUACCAAUGCAGCCAAUACCCUACAAUUGUUCGGUCUUCAAGAAAUUUUGGACUACUCCAUCAAUGCUUCCGUUAGUGUGAAUGGCCUGCAGCAUAUGCAGUCGUCAAAUUCGUUAUCAAGUGCAAACGACCUGGCUCCUAUUUAUGGGUUAUUGGUCAAUUCUAAGAACCACACAGCUACCAUCGAAUCUUUUUGGGACCUCACCGAGGCUAUGCAAUCAAACGGAACCGCUCUCCAACCACUGCUCGAAGUUGUAUCACAAACGUCGCUGGGCAGCACGGCUAUCACGAAAAAAACCUUGGAUGCCAUGAUGCCCAUGGUCAUGGACAACCUACGUGUGAGUUCACAAUACCGGCUCGCCAUUUUCACUCUCUGCCGUGGAUUCAGUAAUGGCAAGAUCAAUGAGUGCAGUUCACCCCAUACUGUCCAAUCCUUUGUCUUGAGAGAUAUUCUCUACGAUGAGCUUGAGAAGUCGGAUUUUAAACCUUACAUGCUGGCAUUAGGUGUUAAAAAGCAGGAAAUGUAUCUGGAUGGGAAGCUGCAAGACAAACAUACCUCAUACGUUUCAGCAGUCAGGGCAACACUGGCUCUCAACAUCCUGACAAUCGUAUUGUCAUUCGUUCUCCUCUUGCUGAUGCUUUGUCUCCUCUGCAUGACUGCUCAAAGAGAAAGGGCUGCAUUCUGCAUACUAACGGGUGCCAAGAUUCUGGCUCUCUUUGUUUUCGUCUUUGCUUUACUAUCGGGUGCUAUUGUAGCUGCUAUCGUUAACAUUAUCAAACAAGACACUAAGGCGGAUGAUUACAGCGUCACCUUUACAACUGGGUCUGCUUACGCCGGGCUUAUUUGGGCUGCUUUUGCCCUCGCCUUCAUUACCUUCAUCUUGCUAUUCUUUGUAAGAGUAACGAGCGGCAAGAACUCGCUGAUAAACAUAAAUGACAUGGGAUCCGCUGAGUCAACCGCGUCGUCCGACGAAAAAAAAAAAAACAAAUGCUCCGGUGGUCAGUAA